UCUUUAAUCUUUUCUUUCGGAUUCGAAAAUGGAUCCCAAAUCCCAUGCCACGCCGCAGCACAGCUAGCUCGCUCCUAUUUAAUUCACUCGGUUUGGUUUGGUUUGGUUUGUCCACGUCGUCGUCGUCGUCUAUAUAACCACACCCGCCGCCGGUCGCUGUCUACUAGUACUAGCUAGCUCGCCUCCAGCUAGAUCAUCCCUCGCCCAGCCACACGCCACACCGUACAUUCAUUCGCGCGCGCAUCUGGAGAUCGGCCCUAUCCGCGUUGCAAUUUGCAUGGGCAGCAGCUCCGACGAGUGCUCGCCGGCGAGGGAGAUGUGCAUGGAGGUCGGCGGCGGCCGGGGGAGGCGCGGCGGCGGGGGCAGCAGGUCGGCAGCGGACGGCGGCAGGACCGCCAAGCAGAAGCAGCCGCAGCGUGGACUGGGCGUCGCGCAGCUCGAGAAGAUCCGCCUCCACAACCAGAUGCUGGCCGCGUACCGCUCCGCCACCCGGCAGCCGCCGCACGACCACCCCCAGCAGCCGCAGGGCCACGACGUCGUCGUCGACGCUGCCACGCAUUUUCAGCUGGUGCCGCCGCCACGGAGCGACUCCAGCCCGUUCCAGCCGUACCACCACCGGGGCGUCGUGCAGUACUACGGCGGCAUGUACAGCAGGACCGCAACGAGCCCGCCGUCGCUGUACGCGCACGACGUCAGGGACUCGUCGGGACACAGGCUGGGUCCGCCGCCGCCGCAGCAGCACUACUGCAUGACGAUGAUGAGCAGCAGCAGCAGCAGGAGCGACGACGGUGCCUGCAGCGCCGCCGAGGAGCUCGACUUGGAGCUCAGGUUGUAGCAGGGACCGGCUGCAGCUUUUGGUUUUGUUCUGGGCUGGGUCAUGUAAUCGCUUCGGGAUCACUUGGAUCAUCCAUUGCUAUCAUGCAUGCAUGGGCCAAGAACAUGCAUCAUAUAUAGAAUUGAACUCUCGAUUGAUCUUGUUGAGAGAUGAAAA